AAAGGACCCAAACAGGUAGACAGUGUCGUCUUUUACCCCAAAAGAAGAGAGGAAACUGUUUGUAUGUUUAAAUCGUGACGAAUAGGGCCGAAAUUCUGCUUUAUUAUUUAAGUUAAAAAUUUAUUUAUUUAACUUAGCUUGAGUUCACAAUGACAGAUGAGCUGUCACGGACACCUUCCUCUGCUCGUUUGUGCAGUCAUGCAAGGACAGUCAAAUAAGCGGAACAGCAAGUCCAAUAUAAGGAACAGCUGAUCACAACCGCAUUAGAUACCGAGUAAGUAAGGUGGUGAUUCCACGUCUGUACACAGAUCGGCAGAGGGUAAGUAUCUUUUUAGAUUCCCGUAAAUAUGAUUUGAAUUCUACCAUCGUCUCGAGGUCAAAUGACAACGAUGUUUUCGUCACAAAUUCAAUGCCUUCUAUUUUUAAACUUACACGAAAUUCUUUUUUUUUGAAAGAAAAGUUGACUUUAUAAUGUGUUUCCACUUGCAGAGUUUUUUUCAAACGGGAGGAACGAUUCUCAAGGCAAAACGAGCCAAUUCUACUGAGCCUAAUGGCUUUUUCAAGAAAUGACAUUGCAAGAUACCUUUUUGUGGUAUGUGCGGAACUUUAUAGCUGUUUUUCUAGAUUUAUUUGAAAAGAUAAUGGGAUUUACUCCAAGAUGAUUUCGUUUUUUAACCCGAGGUAACUUAUCCUAUUGGGUUAAUGUGUUUGAGUGUCCUGUCUGUCUAAGCUCGAUGCACCCAUACGCACAGUUUUCGAUUCAAAGCAGACGUUUCCGCGAUUGCGAGACAAUGCAAGCUAUAAUUAGAAUACACUGUUUGGGCAAAUCGAUUAUCUACAGCUUAUAUUUGUGUUUUUCGUGUAAAAUUUCUUACUGCAAUGGUUUUAAUUUUGAUGGUCAGGUACCAUCUUCUGUUUAGAGAAAAUCGAACAGGAAAAACAAAAGCGGAACUUUCACAUCGCUCAGCUCGCCGAGAUGUUUCUUUGUAAGGAGAUUGACGUAAAUACUUUGAUUACCUUUCAAGAGGCCCUUCAGAUUCAUUGGAACUUGUAAACAUGCAACUGGUAUUGAUAGUGUCAAUUUGAAAGUCAUUGUAAUUAUUGUUUGACGAGCUGUUUGAACGAAGUUAGUCAGGGAUCUACAGGCAUUCAAUUUAAACACGAAACAAGGAGCCUCUAAGUAAGAAUGACAGUCCUUUUUUUAGUCUUCCAUGAUGAACUUCUUUAAUCAACAGGAAUCACUGUGAAUAUUUCCUCACAGCACUCUCAUCAAUUCUAUUUAGUACGACCAGACCUGAAGUAAUCUUAAUUUCCAGCCAGUCAGAAUUAAGACCAUACGUCAGGGAGCUUUAAGAGCCCUUGACUUAAAGUGCCGCAUGGGUGGAAAAUUGCAAUUAAUCAAUUCAAGAUUUGUUUAAGUUUCUAGAUCAGAACAGACAAGGGGUCAGUGAAUUAAUCACACUGCUGAGAGCCAAUCAGAUUAUAAGGAUCACCUGAGUCUAGUGAUCCUAAAACAGAUGCAAUAAAGUAAUAAAAAGAUAGCUUUAGAUGCUUAAUUUAAACUUUUUGGCCAGUCGACAAACUUUUACUUCUAUUGUGAAUGUUGUUCAUCUGAAAUGAGCGCAAUAUUUUUAUUUAAUGAUGCAUUGCAAACAAUAAAUCUUUAGAAGUCUUUGUGAAGAUUUUUGAAAGCUUGUUCAUGAUGUCAUAGUUUUUAAUUAUUGGUGUUUAUAUUCAGCAUUAAUUAUAUAGGGCUUUGUAAUCUUGCUAAAAUUACAUGAGAUUGAAUAAUAUAAUUUUCUUUGAAUAUAUUUGACUAACUAUUCCAUAGGGUUUUUGUACAAUAUGGUAAACAGUAUCACUUUUUCUUAGACACCCACACUUCAGAAUUGUGUUUUUGCAUGUUGAGUGAUUCAUUGUCUGUGAUCAAACUUUUGUGCUUAGACAUGCAAAGCUUGGUACAGUUUAAAUUUGUAAAAAUAAUCAUAAAAUUUCCAAAAAUAUUUAUGUACAAAAUCAUCAAAAUCAUGAAAAAUGUUUUUUAUAGUUCACUUUCAUCUACACUAUCUUUUUUGAGCUUCUGUGACUUGAGAAAUUGCAUCAACUGCUUUGUACUUCAUAUGUCAGCUCAUUGAUUUCAACAAGCCAAUAUUCUGUGGCUUUCUGUGUUUUGAUAUUGUUCAAGACAGGAUUAAUGACUUACUUUUAGAGUUUGCACAAGGAAAGAUUACAUUUAGCUUAGUAAACACAUUAUCUUUCUGUUACUGAGUCUAAAUAAAAAACAAUCUUUGUAAAGAUAACUUUGAUUGCCCAGCAUAGUACCCUUAUUUUAUUAUGGGCAGAAUGCUUAAGGAAUUAUAUUCAAGUAAUACCGGUAUGUCAAAUGCUUUCAUCUUGGUCCAAUGAAGAAUUGAAGAUUGUACUCUUCAAAAGAACAGAAGAAUCAUUCAGGCAUUGUAAUCUGAAAGUCAAAUAUCUUGAAUAUCCCUCAACAUAUGAAAAGUUGAACAGUCUCUAAUUUUUUAGUAUUGAAUAUGUUUUCUAUUAAAAAAUAGCCUAGAAAACAUAAUUUAUCCAUUACAACCUAAAAAAAAUAUAAAUUUACAAAGUUAUAAAUUGAAAACAGUUUGCUGCAAACUAAACAACUGACAGAAUCUCUGAAAUUUGCAUACCAUGCAGCAGUCUAUCAUUAACAUAAUGUCUGUUCCUCUAAGCGUGACAAAUUUUACUUAACAUCAUAGCACUCUAGUUUUUGAUUUGUUAAUCAGUUGAUCAUCUUUUUCGAAAAGAUUUUAAGACCAAGAUAAUGCAUAACUGUAGAUUGUGGGAAUGAAACCCCAAUUAAUAUUUAUAGUUUUAAAUAUGAGAGUACAUUUAUGAAUGAUUAUUGUAAGUCUGGUCUUUGUGUUUCAAUAGAAUUGUACCUCCCACACAGGUUUGUGUCUGUUUUAUUACCCCCUAGAUUCUAGAUAAUUUCAGUCUUUUCCGGUUAAUUCUUUUAUAAAAUUUAGCAUUAAAGAGACCCCCACUGUCUCCCCUCCCUCUCCUUUCCAUAUGAAUUUUCAAUGACCCUCUCUUUAUCAGAAUGGUGUGCAUAUUUUCUGCAAAAAUCUGCUGGUACCCUUUAAAAGCAAUGCUAGAGAUGGAUUCUUUAAUCGUUUUGUAAUUUUGUCUGAUUUUGGCAGAAGGUCUUCCCUGUGGCUUUAAGUUAUACUUCAAUGCAUUUUUGUUUCACAAACUAAAAAUCUUUUUUUUCAAUUGUAAGUUAUGAAUAACUGAAAAAUUUUUUUCAGAUGAUAUGGAUGAUUAUAAAUGUUGCACUCUUUGCCUCAACAUACAUGAAAUAUGGAACAACAAAAAAGUAUCAUUAUUUGAGGAUUAUUGUCAAGGUACUGUUCUAUUUUAUUUAUUGAUUUUUCUGACCAACAGAUUUUAAGAUGUCUAGGCUAUAUUUUGCUUGCUGUUUCAUUAGUUAAAAAAAUUGAGGUCUACUUUCAAACUCCAAACUUUGGACAUGACAAUUUAAUCAGUUUUUCUGGGAUUAAAAGGGAAUUUGAUUUUGGUUCAGCAAAAUCACUUUUUAAGAGCCAUUUCACAAUUGUUAAUUCCCUUUUUUGAUAGAUUCAUAAAUAAGUUAAUUUUUGCAUUAAACUUGCAUUUAGCAAACAACUUAAUGAGAGAAAUCAGUUUUGGAAACUCUUAACAAUGGCCAAUUUACAUUAUCCACUUAAUAGUUAAAAUAAAAACCAAUUUAUCUCAGAUUUUGAAAAGUCUACUUUGUUCUAUUUUAAAUAAUUAUGAUUUUGUUGUUCCUAGGGUGGACUCCCUAUUGCUCGAGGUGCAGCAAUGGUGUUGAACUUCAACUGCAUGUUAAUCCUGCUAUCCAUGUGUCGUAAUAUCAUCUCUCUUAUCAGAAGUAAUCUCAAUGUAUGUUGUUUACUAGAUAAUGAUGGGAUCCAACUUUUUGUGAUUAUUCUCAGGUUAACCCUUUAACUCCCAAGAUCUCAUUAGUAAUUCUCCUUUCUGUCCACUAUAAUUCUCCUGAUGUUACCUCUGAGAAUUUGGUAUUGGAUCAACUCAUAAUCCCCUAAUUCUACUUUUCUUGGUUGUCAUCACUUGUAUCCUUGAUUUUGUAUUGAUAUUGUAAGGAGAAACUCUGUCUUGGUCACUGGUGGGAGUUAAGGGGUUAAGUUUUGCUGCUAUGUGAUUGGUCAGUUUUAUUUGCGAUUAGUCUUACUGUUGAGUUUAUGUGUCAAGCUUGACUUAUCUUGUUUGUCCAAGAAAUCUGACUCAGUCUUGACUUCAGUUUUAACAGAAAUGUUGUAUUUAACCCUUUCUCUCCCAGGAUCUCAUAAGAAAUUUUCCAUAUUUUGUGUCAUACAAUUCUUGUUAAGUUACUUCCAUCAGAGAAUUUGGUAUUGGAUCAACCUAUAAUCCCUCUAAUUGAUACAUCUCUUUUAUUAUCUAACUACACAAAGUAGAGUACAAAUAUCCUGUGAUAUUGUACAGUUGGUUAUUGUGUAUUGUGAAAAAAAAACUGUUUAACCAGUGGGCUGCACAGGCUAAGCUUCUCUCUUCACUUUGCUUUUCCCAACUUAUGGAAAAUGGGCAGAAACACCUGGCAGAAAAAGAAACAAAAGGAAGAUAAAUAACUUAUUAGAAGUUUUGGUGUGUAUAAAGUAUUGCUUGGUAUUUUUACUAAAUGUUUCUAAUUUUACUUGUCCUAUAUGGGCUCAUCAAAAUAUGGGGCAACUUGUAAAAUACUCAGUGAUUCUACACACCAAAACAUCUUAAGAUAUGUUUAUUUGCAUCACUUGUAUUCUUGAUAUUGUGUUGACAUUGUAAGGAGGAUCAUUCUGUCUUGGUCACUCAUGGAAGUCAAAGCAGCAUAAAAAGAAUUCUCAUUUUUCAUAGUGUGGUUGGUGUGGAAGCAUUAUAAGCCUUUUGGACAAGAAUAUAACUUUCCAUAAGUACUGUGCUUACACUAUCUGCUUUUUCACUGGUGAGUGAAUCAAGGCUAUCCAUGGUAUAUUUAUGCGUAAUGAGUAUAGAUUGAAUAAUGUUGGCAAGUACUGAGGUUAAUCAUAACUUCCCUACGCCUUAGUUUCAGUUAGGGGUAUUUUCCCAAGGCUUGUAUCUUCUAUGUUCAUUGUGAUAAUCAAGUCCAAUUGCUUUAGUUUUUUCAUUGGUUUUUUUAUCAAAACUCAGUUGAAGAGCACUUCUAAAUUGCAUCUAGUUACUUCAUUGCCUAAAGUCAAUAAAACUGAAAGCAAGAAUAAGUGGAAGAGAAUUGCUAUAUGGAAGAGAAUAUUAUUGUAAAUGAUGAUGCCUUCUUUUUCAUUAAAAAAUUGAUUAAAAUAUUUUUGCUUAAUUUGUUUCUUGUUUACAGUGGUUCACAUAUGUGGCCACUGUUUCAACUUGACAAACCUUGUUGAGAGCCAAUCAAAGGCAGACACAGAGAUUGAACAGCAUCUGAGUCAGUUAGAUAACCCUUGGCUAAAUCCUAUCAGAGAAUCUGGAGUUGUAAGUUGAAAGCAAUUAUUUGGUAUUGAGAUCUGCGACUUAUUGGAGAUAGUAAUUAAUUUUUUUGAAAUUAUGGCUGUAUCAUUUAAGGCAAAGUAUGAUUGAGCUUUAAUCCUUUAAUCCCAAAACAAAAUUUAGUAAUUCUCCUGACUGGCUGCUUUACAUUCCCUUGUAAAUUUAACAGGAGAAUUUGGUGUUUUAUCAAGGUAGCACCCUAACUUAAGCUGAUCAGCUUGUCUGUUCUCAUAACUUGUUUUCAAGAUAACAUAUUUGAAUUGCAAUGAGAAGUUACAUCUGAUAUUGGAAUCACUUCUGGGAGUUAAAGGAUUAAUAGCUGUUUGGAUCAAACGAUCAGUUGACAUAAUAUUAUAUGAUUGAUACAUUAAUUGUUUUCAUUUGUUAUUUGACAAAAACAAGUUGAAUUAUUUCAAUUUUUUUUUUGGAUCUCAAUAACUGUAAUAAAGUAUAUUUUGAGAGUAUUGUUUUUUUUUUAAUCCAUAGGAUCCUGUAUCAGGAUUGUUUCAGACAGGUAUGAGAAAAUGCUAGUUGUGAAACUAACUUACCUCAGAUUGAAAUAAAAGAAAAAGAAAGACAGUCGUAGAAGUUCAAGUUACUUAUUUCUGACAGUAUUGGUCACUAUAAUAUUUUCCUUUUUUUAAUGCAGUGGCUGGGGUCACAGGUGUGGUGAUGACAUUGUCAUUAAUUCUCAUGAUAUCAUCAGCAACUGAACUGAUAAGGUUUGCUUUUAAUUGUUUAAAAUUGACUUUUUUUAAGCUUUUUGAGAGUUUUUGUAUUGAUGAAGGAGCAGUUUUUUUUUAACUCAGCUUUUAAUAUUUUACAUGUCAUUGAAGCCUAUGGACAAAGAUUUUCCUCUUAAGAGCAGCUGUGGUUUACUUCUGAUCAGAAACAUUGAUUCAAAAAUUUAUGUCACAACAAUUUAAGUCUCUACAAAAAGUUCUGUAUGAAGUAUCAUUGUCUGAUGUUGUGUUUAAUAUAUUCUUCUAUGCAGGAGAUCCUACUUUGAGACUUUUUGGUUCACUCACCAUUUGUUUGUUGUCUUCUUUGGCUGCCUUGUUGUGCAUGGCACUGGGUAAUUAUUCAUUUUAUUGAGUCAGCAAUUAUAUAAUUAAUGAAAAAUUUAAGGAAUUAUUAUCAGAUAUAAAAAAAUCUUAACAUUUUCUGAGAUUUGAAAAAAUCAAAAUUGUCCACCCACCAUCAGCUUUAAAAUUUAUUAAGUAGAUGGCUCUUGUUUGCUCAAGACACUCUGUUCCAGUUAUGAUAAAGAAAGUAAUUCCUGUAUGGGAAGCUUCAAAUUUUGUUGUCUUCCUUAUUAAAUCCUUUAAAUGUGCUGGCCUCCAUCAAAUAGAUAGUCAAAGAGUAAAAGUAGAUCUCAGUUAAUUGCUUGUUAUUCAGUAAAGUGAGGAAAAGGCUUAUCUCAAGUUCUGUAUUAUCAACUGACUUCGAGUAUCAGUCAUCCUUCUUUGAUGGGAUGCUAUUUUCAGAGAAGUUAAAACCCCCCCAGCAGGUGUCUCAGUACACUACUCAUUUUUCAGUACUGUAUUAUAUUGUACUCUUGCUUAUAAAGCAAGAGGCACUGUGAAAGUAGAGUGCUAAUUGCUUAAGAACACAACACCAUGGCAUAGUCAUGGCUUAAACUCUAACUGUUACUUCUUAUCCUGCUCACUGAACUAAAAUAACAGAGAUACUACCUAUAAAUAACAUAUACAGAAAUUUUAGGAGACUCCCCUUGGAUGGUUUAGAGAUUUGACUGAAAUUUUCUUCACAGUGAGCCUUUUAUUGUAUAUACAGUUCUCAUGAAUCCCUUGAACUUUUUUUUUGUAGGGAUCUUCUACGUUUUCAAACUAACAUGGAUGAGCAUGAUCCAGAAAUCUGUGAUAAUGUAAAUUACUGGAAAAAUCAUUCAACCAGCUGCUACAAAUUUAGACCACAGCUAAAAGCACCUGGAGCAAUGGUACCAUUACUGUCAUUUUUAAAACUAUUUACCUCUGUCAUAAUUGACACCCUCUGCAUGUAGCUUAAAAACAGCAAUCUGCACACUCUAACUAUAUGUAAUGAAUCCACAUAAUCUGACUUGUAUGCAAGACAAUGGCCAAUUUGUGCUGCUGAACUGAUUAUAAGUUUGUGAUAAUGGACAAUUGUGAAUUUUUUUUAGACUUGGAAGUUUGUGAUUUUCCCCAUGAUACUGUAUGGUGCGGAACGGUUACUCAGAAUAUACAGAUCAUUUCAGCAGGUGACAAUUCUUAAGGUGAGAUCAUUUGUCAAAGAAUGUAAUUUUAUUGUUAAUGAUUACUUUUAGCACCCAUUCAAUUCAUUUGAUAGUAUUAAAAACUUUUUACCAUUUGACUCAUGUCUAAUGAAUAAAUGUAAAUUGCUCAACUAUAUUGGAUGUACAAUAUUGUGCAUUUAAUGAAAACUAAAAUUAAAGUUAGAGUUGUAAUGUGUCCAACAGUAAGUAGUAAUGAUUCUUGAUAUAUAGCUAUAACUUUUCUAUUAUUAUUUAAUAUCCAUUCCUUUUUGAAGAUGUAUUAUCUUCUAAAUAAUUUCUUAUUUUGCUAGGUAAUAAAACAUCCAUCUAGGGUGCUUGAAAUUCAGAUGAAGAAGGAUGGAUUUAGAUGUGAAGCAGGACAGGUAAGAGGUGCCAUUUGAACUUAUUAUGAACAACUUGAUUUGACUUAAUGAGUUUCUUCUGAACCAGCCUUUGAUUCUACUAACUCUGUAGUGAAUGAGCUAUAUUUAAUGCCCUACUUAUUUCUGUUCUAGUACAUUUUUCUGAAGUGUCCUAAGAUCUCACAUCUGGAGUGGCAUCCUUUUACUUUAACAUCUGUAAGUAUGAAUUUUCAGAACUUGAUUGCUGUUUCAAGAAACUUUAAUGAAGUGAUUGUGUAGAGUCGCAAAGGAUUGUAUUUGUUUUAUCUCACUGCACUCUGAGAUUGGUCAGAAAGAAAAAUUUGCUUUUGUCUCUACCAGUCUAAUCUGAAAUCAACUCAUUAUAGUUUAACUUUCCUUCACUUGAGUUCAUUUGCAUUUGAUUUCUUUGGUUUCCCUGCUUGUAUAUCAUUUGACAGUUGAUCAUUGAAUGUGAUCAUGAGAAUUUGUUGUGAAAAGACUGUUAACAGUGGUACAGCUACUGAUGUUGUGGCAACCUCAGAGGGUUUCAUUGUCAGAUUAAAGUGACUGACAAUGAUUCUGGCUUCAACUAAUAAGUUUGACUCAUUCACUGACAACCAUCUUUUGUGGAACUUGUCCUGGACUUUGGCCAACAGGUUGACACUCUUUACAGACACUACUGUGACAGUUAUAUUUAUCAUUUUUGAUUGGUCUGUCACUAUUAAUGUACUUUCAAGAGUCUAAAUGAAUUUAUACAUGUGUGUCAUUCUUUUGUUACUCCGUAAUGAGGAUUUAAAAAUAUUUUUUUAAGCUUAGAGUUGGGUUUUUAUAAUAAAAACAUCUCUUUUCUAGGCCCCUGAGGAGUCCUACUUCAGUGUUCACAUCAGAAAUGCUGGUGAUUGGACAGGUAGAUACAAUAGAACCUUUUUCUUUUAUUCAGAAUGCAUGAAAAGGCAUUGCAAAGAAUAUUUUCUUCCACAUGCAAAACAAAUCUCCCAAUCUCUUGUAAUAAAUGCCUAUUUUGGCAACUUCAGGUUUUACUUUCUCCACCAAAUAAUAAUCUUGAUAGAGAUAUUUGAUAUAUUCUAAAAUUGAACACCUUUCCAGACUUCAGAUUUCCAAAGGUUGGCAUCUUUGGAAUUAGUUUACAGAUAUAAUGUAAUAAUUUUUACUUUCCUGUACACUUUUCUCUAUGUAUACUGUGCUUCUUUUAAUUGAUAUUUAUGUAUUAUUUAGACAGUCUACACAGAGAGUUUGGAGCAAAUGAUGGUGGAAUGAAAGAUAUAAGCUCCUGUCCAAGGUUCUGAAAGUAACUUUUUCAAGUAUUUGAAUCUUAAAUUUGGCAAUGUGCAUACUGUUUAUAUGCAUUAAUGCUUGAUGAUAGGUUGGCAUGAAAUCUGAUCUUUUCAUAAUCCUUUUUGUUAGUUGAUUUUUUAGUGAUUUUUCUCGCCCUGGCACCGGACUGAAGUAAUUAACCCUUUGAACACUUAAGAGUGACUCUAAUUCAUUGAUUGAUUGUUAAACAAAUUCUCCUCAUCAAAACCUGAGGAAAUGUAUAGAGAACAGUAUGGAAAAUAUGCAAACUGAUGUUAGGGUGUUAAGGGUUAAGAGCCAAAGUUUUCUUAAAGAGGGACCAUACUGAAGAAUCUGUUUGAUAUUUUCUUCCUCUAGGUUGGCUGUUGAUGGCCCUUUUGGAACAUCAAGCACUGUAAGAGGCUCUAAUUUCUUGUGAUGUUGGUUAUAGCAGAGGCAGAUCCAGGCUAUUUCCUAGAAUGAGGUGUACCACUAAGGAAAGAUGCUGAAUACAAGGAAGGGGGGGAACCCCUUGUACCCUUUCGGUAGAUCCACCCUUGCAGAAGGAAUGGCUGCCGUCUGAACAUCAUUGGACAAUAUUUUUUCACCUUUUCACUUUUUUUUUUUUUUUUUUGACAGUUAUCAUUUAUUUGAGAUAUAAUUGCAUGCUUGUCUCCUUGUUUAUUAUUUUUAUAUUAUAAAGAAUUUUUGGAUUUGUCUAGGAUGUGUUCAAAUAUGAUGUCAUUAUGUGUAUUGGAGCUGGUAUUGGCGUAACUCCCUUUGCAUCAAUAUUGAAGUCAGUGUGGUAAGUACUUUUUUAAUGGAGAAAGAUUUUAUACCCUUUGUCAUUCUCUGAUUCAGUUGAUAAAUUUUGUCCAACUCUCAAUCCAUCUUACUUAAAUUACAUCCACCCUUGGUUUUGUUUAGUCUUAAUUUUUUUCAUUCAAUUGUAUGACUACUCUUUUCAUUCAAAAACAGUAAGAGCCAUGGUCAUCUUUUGUUUUACAGAAAGUAUGCAUUCUUUGAUAAUGGAUAUAACUAUUUAACAAUAACUGUUAAAAUUAAAGUUAGUCUUUUUUUGCUACAGGUAUCGUCAAAACAAAAGUUAUUCUGACCUAAAGAUCCAGAAGGUGUAUUUUUUCUGGAUCUGCCGAGAUGAAAAGGCCUUUGAAUGGUUUACAGACCUUUUAAGGUAUUUGGAAAUUCAGGUAAAAAAAAAACAACUUAAAUCAUACCUGUCAUAUAGAUGACUAUAAAUGUUCAUGAAACUUAGAUUACUCAAAACAUUUGGGGUUAGAAGAUCUCCUCUGAGGUAAAUUACAAAAUGGAUACUCCUUCACCUUAAAUUUCAGAUGGAAGAAAUGAAUAUGAAAAACUUUGUGGAAUAUCACAUAUAUCUAACAGGAUGGGAUACUAAAUUGGUAAGACAACAUUAAAUAAAUGAGCAGGCUUGAAAUAUGCAUUAUAUUUAAACUAGGGUUUGGAAUUUAGUUGAUGUGAAUAAUCUUUGUUAUUUCAUGGUUUGAAAAUUUUGUUAAGGGGAAGGUAGAGUCUAAGGAAUAUGUUGAUCUGUUUUUGCCAAGUACAUUUUUGCAACUAGAAGAAUGGGCCUAGUUGAGGUUUAAUGUUCAUCUUAUGCUGCUCGGCUCAUUCAGGUCUUGUUCUAGGCAAAUACAACUUAUCAGUGGAGUCUAUGGCAUCCUUCCUCCCAGUGAUUUACACUUUAUUUACAUGAUAUAUGCUUAAUUUGCAUCAUUUUCUUUCCCUCCCCAUAGGGCCCAAAAAAAGAUUGAGAUGUAAUAUUUAACAUCUAGCUGUCAUGUGGGUUUUAGAAAGAAAGUGAUAAUAAGUUACCUGCUUAUUUCAGGCAAUUCAGUCAAUUAUACAUCAGGGUGAAGAAGAUAACAUAACACAUUUGGAUGCUAAGACACAGUAUGGCAGACCAGAGUGGAGCAAGAUUUUUAAGGGUAUUGGGGAGAAACACAAAGGGUGAGUGACAGGGAAGUUCAGGGCUAGGCUGCGACAGUGAACUGAAAUGUGAAUCAAAGGAGAUAUGAAUAUAAAGAUUUGGUUGCAGAAUUAGCCGUCUAGAUGAGCUAUUAAAGUUCUGCAUUAUCUAAAUUACUCUUUUCUAGUCUCAUUGCACUCAGUGACUUCAACCAGCUUGUUAACUAGAAAAAGCGCAGCUCCAUUUUUUUCGUAGUCUGAAGAACUGAAGUGGUGAACUGAUAGUAACAAUAUUUCCUUCUCUGUUGUAGGACAGAAAUUGGGGUCUUUUUCUGUGGACCAAGUGGUUUAUCACAUGUGUUACACAAAAAAGCCAACCAGUACAGUAAUCCAAGUACAGGAGUCAAGUUUUGUUACAACAAAGAAAAUUUCUAAUUUUUUAGAUGAGCACAGACUGCUAUCUUGUCACAAUAUAAUAUGCAGUCGGCUUCUUAUUUGACUGAACACUUAAAUUGAAUAUUAACACCUUGAUAUAUUUCUAUCUUGCAAAACUAUCUGGUAAUCAACAUUAUUAAAUCCUUUAACCCCCAGAAGUGAUUUGCGUAACUUCUCCCAACAAUAUCCAUACAUUAUCCAACAAACAUGUGAUGAGAUAACUCAAAUUUAUCAGUUAGAGAUUGUAAUCAUGAUGUAACACCAAAUUAUUGUAACUAAAUUACAAGGAAAUGUGUUGCAGCCAGAUAGGAGAAUUAACAACUAGAUCUUGGGAGUUAAAGGGUUAAUAUAAACAACUGUGACUAGUAUCUUAUUUCUCCUUACAAUAUCACUCCUGAAUCAAAUAUUAAGCUAGGUCUGGGAAUAAAGGAAAUGAUGACUAACUAAAGAAACUUUUGAUUAUUCAUCAAAUUAUCCUUGUCACCAUCUCAGGAAACGUAUAGAGCACAGUAUAGAGAAAAAGCCUACUGGUGCAUUAAGGUUUUAAGGGUUUAUGAUGAAUUUAAAUGUAUUAAAAAAAAAAGGAAACUCUUCUCAUUUCUUUUAAAGGAAUAAGGAAAUCCAUAUACAUUUAUGGCACCUUAGGCCCCUAUGUACUUUGAGAGGGGAGAUACCAUCAUUACUUUAAAUUUUACCAAAACCAGUAAAAAAUACUUUUUGAGCAAGGACAUAUUAUUGCCACCUUUUAAGAAUUUACAAACUUAGUGAAAAAGACUUUUUGAGCACACUGAUUGGCUUUUAACUUAAGUAAAAAAAUUAGUUUAGGACUUAAGGUAUAGAAAAUAUAUAUUUGUAAAAAAAUGAGCUUAGGACUUUAGGUACAGAAAAUAUGUAUUUGAUGUUUAAUUGGAAUAUACACAAGUAGUGAUUAGCAAUUAUUCAGGAAAGUAGAAGUACAUAUCCACCACUUUCACCUAAAACUGAGGUGAAUAAAUCACUUGAGAACCAGAAAAUUACUUGCAGUAUUUUUAUCAACAUACCACAAAAUAUUCAGAAAUGAAACUCUUAAUGGACACUUCAAUAUUCUGCUGCUUGGAGGUGAAUAGUACCUGCUAAUCACCUCUGAGGAAGCCAAUCUGCUUAUGAAAGAAAAUCAACAUUCACCUGCUAGGUAUUCACUAGUAUAAUUUAUUAUUAAUGUACAUUAGACUUAUUAUGAAAAUCAUGAUUAGUCGAGAGCAUUCAAAUGAUGUACUGACAGUGAAGUUGACUUGAUAAAUGCAAUAUCUACAGCAGAUAUUACCUUUGUUUUAUCAAGUUCAAAUUAUGCCUAGUUUCUAAGCCCCUUGUCUUUGUAGUGUUCUCAAACUUUUGCCAAGUCAGAGAGAAGUGUCAUUUGCGAAUUGUUUCAAAAAUGUAAUCAUAAAACAAUCAUUAAAUUUGGACUUUACAUGAUAUCAUUAUCAAACUCAUCCAAUAAUUGCUUCUUGUUCACCCCGUUGGCACAAAAAUUGGUGGAUAUUUACUUUGACACUCACCUCCACAGUAAAGGUAUUUGUUUCUCUGACGGAAUUUGGAAGACACCCCUAUUUAAAUAAUCCAUAUGCCAGUUACCAUAAAAAUUUAAAUGUUAAAUCAAAUAGGAAAUUGCACUGCUGUUAGAUGUAGCAAGGAAACUUUACUAAACAAUGGUGCAAGAUUUUUAAAUCUUUAUAAUUAAUUUUUGAAGUUGUAACAAAUAUUGGUCAAACCCCAAAACUUAAAACAAGUUUAUUAGAAAGUGUAUUAAAUGAGACCUACCAAUAUCUCACUGGUGUAUACCGGUAGCUCAUAAUUCUCAUGACUGGUGUGCUUUUAAUGUUGUGUAUUGGAUGCAGAGUAGAUCAUGACAACUUUUAAUUGAUGAACAGAUCACUUUCACUCCCUCACUUACUAUGUAACUCAAACAAACAAAAAUCGUACAGAAUCUCUAAUCCAUCCCAUCCCAAGGAAAUAUUUAACUAUACAAGAAGCAACAUUGUAUACAGUUUACAGAUACCUUUGAAAUCUUUGUUGAAAAAAAAUUGAAAGCUCAUUUCUCCGUAGGAAAAUUUCAUCCUUCCAAGCUUUCUCUAAGUGACUCUAUUCACCCCCACUUUAUCCUUGAU